CUAUUGUGAAUUCUGUUCGGUGUCCGGUCAUUAGAAUUUGGAUUUUCGUUUUAGGACAGUUUUAUAGAUAUUGCCAAUCAUUAUUUCAACUUUGUGUAGCACCCAAACAUCUGCAGCGUCCGUUGAUUACACGUCAGCACCAGGGAGUGGAUAGAUUGACUAUCAAACUGAUAACGGACCGUCGAAAGCUACGGAAAACAUGGGAGGACUGUUCAGCUACUUCCGCGGCCUUCUAGGGAACCGGGAAAUGCGUAUCCUCAUUCUCGGACUUGAUGGUGCGGGAAAGACCACUAUCUUGUAUCGACUACAGGUUGGCGAGGUGGUCACAACAAUUCCGACGAUUGGUUUUAAUGUUGAACAAGUGAGUUACAAAAAUCUCAAGUUCCAAGUUUGGGACUUGGGUGGGCAGACCAGCAUAAGACCGUACUGGCGAUGUUAUUAUAGCAACACAGAUGCUAUCAUUUAUGUGGUAGAUUCAGCAGAUAAAGAUAGGAUAGGCAUAUCGAAAGAUGAACUCUUAUAUAUGUUAAGGGAAGACGAAUUGGCUGGCGCCAUUCUGGUGGUGCUGGCAAAUAAACAAGACAUGGAAGGUUGCAUGAGUGUGGCGGAAGUGCAUCAAGCUUUAGGGCUCGAGGCACUGAAAAACCGAACGUUCCAAAUUUUCAAAACAUCUGCCACCAAAGGCGAAGGUUUAGAUCAAGCAAUGGAUUGGCUGGCGAAUGCGCUACAAUCGCGAAAAUAGUUUUCUGGGACACACUAUUCAACAGUUAAUGUUUCAAACCAAUUCAAUCGUACAGGACCCAAACCAGACAGCAGGAAAUUUAUUUAUCUAGACUAACGUUUUCGCUCAUAUUCAGAUGUAAGGUUUGAAAGCGAUUAUGUUAGCAGCCAGUUGAAACAAAACGAAUUACGCAAAAAUUGAGGGCCAAACAUUUCGUUCAUUAUUUGGUUCAAAAUCAGCAGUGCAAAUUAGCCUACAAAGGUACAUACAUCAACUUGCAAAUUAUUUUAGAGAAGUAUUUUGUUUGCUUUUUUUUUUGUUAGUUUGACUAUGCUUAAGAAUAAUAAGCUCCAGCGACGGACUCCGUAGAAUCCUUGCGCAUUAAUUUAAAUUAUCAUAAAGUAAUAUAUACAAGUGUAAUAAAACAGCAAUUUCAACA